AUGGUGUUAGAUAUUAAAUAUUUCCGCAACAGCAACCUUCUCCAGUUCCUCCGGGCCUCGGAGGUACGGAGGUGUGUCGCCAAUUCUAUGGUUGACUCGGUGGUCGCUGCUGACGAGGAAUGGAGGCAAGCUAAUCAUGCGUAUGAACAGGCCAAACGCCGAUACAAUGACAUUUCAAAACGUAUUGGUCUUGUAGUCUCCAAUAAAGUACCAGCAGUUGACGAACAUGGUAACAGCGUGGAGAAAUCUGUCGUUAUUAACCAACUUAAGAAGGAGGCUGAGAAUCAGAAGGCUGAACUUGCAGAACUACUCAACAAAGCUAACGAUCUUAGCAAAGCGCGUGACUCGUUUCUCCGAUCGGUCGGCAAUAUCGUCGCCGAGGACACAGUGGCUUCCAAGGAUGAGGAGGAGAACCUAGUGGUAUCACACUGGGAACCCAGCAAAUACGGAUGGGAACAAUAUAUUGAGUUAAACAACUUGCAAGAGUACCGGGAUCAACCCACCAAGACCGUUGGCGAACACAAUAUUCGGCUUCCCCCCUGGGCCGUCCUUAGUCAUUGUGACGUGCUCAUUAAUCUAGGUGGAGUCCACCUUAAGAAAGGUGUCGAGGUCGCAGGCCAUCGUGGGUAUUACCUUCGGGGCCAAUGUUGCCUCCUCAAUAUGGCGCUCAUUCAGUAUGGGUUGGAUUUCCUCAGUCUCCGAGGAUACGAGGCAAUAAUGCCUCCAUAUUUCAUGAAAAAGGACAUUAUGCGCGACUGUGCAGAGUUAGCAGAUUUCGAAGAAACGCUGUAUUGUAUUCCGCCACUCAGGCACACGGAAACUACAACUGGCGAAAACGCCAUACCAAUUCAACAUGCCAACGAAGUGAAAGAGGAAGACUACGAACGCGAGAAAUUGUACCUAAUAGCUACAAGCGAACAGCCGAUUGCUGCACUCCACAAGAACGAAACCUACUCGAUUAAGCAGCUGCCACUGAAAUACGCGGGUAUAUCAACUUGUUUUAGGAGGGAGGCCGGGGCCCACGGAAGAGAUCUGAGAGGAAUAUUCAGGAUUCACCAAUUCCAGAAGGUUGAACAGUUCGUCGUGUGUGGCGCGGAUGAUUCUUGCAAGCACCAUGAAGAAAUGAUCAACAUAUCAAAGGAGUUCUACGAAUCGCUAAACCUUCCUUACCGCGUGGUAUCAAUUGUUGCUGGUGCGCUCAACAAUGCAGCAUCAAAGAAGUAUGACCUGGAAGCGUAUUUCCCAGAAAUGUCUGCAUAUAGGGAACUGGUGUCAUGUUCUAACUGCACGGAUUAUCAGGCCUGCGAUCUUAACACCAAAUACUUCGAGAAAGAUACCUCACAGAGGCAACUCUGCCACAUGUUAAAUGGGACUCUGGUUGCAUCACAGCGUACCCUAUGUUGUAUUUUGGAAAAUUAUCAAACACCCAAAGGAUUGAUGGUACCCAAGGUCCUGGUCCCUUACAUGGGUGGUGUUGAGUUCAUACCCUUUGUUGAAAGUAAAAUCGCAGAGUAA